CAGGGAUGGAGACAGAGAGAGAGAUAGAGGAAGAGACAGAGAAAGAGACAGGGAUAGGGAGAGUGAAAGAAAAGGAGAAAGAGAUGGGCCAAGUGUUGCAUCAUCGUCAUCAUCAUCGUCAUCAUCUGGGCAAAAUUGGAACCACCGUUCUUCCUCUCUUGGCUCACUAAAAAGCCGCUUCCUUAAACCUUCAGAAGAUGAUGACAGUGGUGAAGCUCCAGAGCGCCGGCCUCCCCCAGCACGGUCGUCCACAAAAUUCCUGAAACCGAGCUCUGAUGAUGAAGACUCCGGUCCACGUAAUACCAACAUUCCAGCCUGGAAGAAGGGCAGCAAUCCUGCCCGCGAAUCUGCCAGCCUAGAAAAACCACCGCAGGAGAAAGAGAAGGAUCCUGGGAAAACUGUAACGGCUCCUCAGGACGCUGUGCGUGGUGAAGUUGCUGCGACAACAUCAAGGAGUGAGAGUGAGAGUGAGGAGGAAGAAGAGGAGGAAGUUCCACUGCUGUCAGAGGAGGAGAUGAACAAACUGGGAGCCAAACUGGUGAAGGCAGAGAUCAUGGGCAACAUGGCCAUGGUUGAGAAGCUGAAAUCACAGCUGGAAGCAGCACAGAAAGCCAAAGAGAGCUACGCUGCCCGGAAAACUCUACAAGAAGCCACUAAAUCAAAGCAGGUCACAGGUCGCUCAGCUGAAGACCAGGAAGUCCUGUUGUUCAGAACAGACCAAGCAGGUCGGGCCUGGCCAGUCAAUUCCCCCUCUGGACCCCAGGAGCCCCACGGAGGACGACGGAAGAAGAAGCCGAUUGAGACUCAUGUUGAUGGGGAGCGUGUGCGCUACUUCCAGGAUGAUGACAAUGUGGGUCUGAAGGAGAUGGUGAGGAGGGAGAAAAUGAGCUCUGCACAGGAUCAGAAUGCCCUCUACUCUCGCAUGGCUGCCAAG